AUGAGGUCAGCUUGCACGGAGUUAGAGAAUUUUUCUCAAAAAACGCAGAUUGAUGGAGUUUCUUUUACGCCUGUUGAUUCAAACGCAUUGUUUGAAUUUCUUUCUGAAUGUGAGCACAUAAAAGGGCUUUCUUUUAACGAUUGCAAGUUUCUUGAUAAUUAUAGCUGUCUACCAAUAAAAAACUAUUUGUUAAAUGAGAAAGCAAAAAAUUUGAUAAGUUUAACCUUUUUUAUAAGUGCUUUAGGCAAUUAUUUUUGGAAGCAUCUAAGUGAAGCUUUGAAAAGUAAGAAUUGUGAACUUACUAAGUUUGUAAUUAGGAGCAGCAAUAUAGGUGAUGAAGGCGCUAAAUAUCUUUGUGAAGCUUUAAAAAGUAAGAAUUGUAAACUUACUGAAUUGAAUCUUGAUUAUAACAAAAUAGGUAAUGAAUGUGCUAAAUAUCUUAGUGAAGCAUUGAAAAGUGAGAAUUGUAAACUUACUGAAUUGUAUCUUUAUGAUAACAGUAUAGGUGAUGAAGGUGCUAAAUGUCUUAGUGAAGCAUUAAAAAGUAAGAAUUCUGUACUUACCAGGUUGGAAAUGGGAUUCAGUAAAAUUUGUGAUGAAGGUGCCAAUCAUCUUAGUGAAGCUUUGAAAAGUAAGAAUUGUAUACUUACAAGGUUGGAAAUGGGAGGCAGUAAUAUAGGUGAUGAAGGUGAUGAAGGUGCUAAAUACCUUUGUGAAGCAUUGAAAAUUGAGAGUUGUAAACUGACUAAAUUGUAUCUUAAUGGUGAAAAUAUAGGUGAUAAAGGUGCUAAAUAUCUUAGUGAAGCUUUAAAAAGUAAGAAUUGUAAACUAACUGAAUUGUGCCAAUUAUCUUAG